AUGAAAGCAAUAAGACCACGUAAAAGGAUGAAGAUUUCCAUAUCGACCGAGAACUCUGCACAGACUAUGGGCGAAGAAUAUUUACUCUCAGGCUUAAAAAAGAAUAACUUACCCAAAAAGGAAUUGAAGAAGAUUUUGAAAAAUAUCGCAUGGAAACGAGAGACAGAGGAGCAAAUGAAAAAAUUGGAAACAGAUCUAAAGCUCUAUAUCCAUCGAGCAAUUGAUCAAGAAAUUAAGAAGAUGAAGAAAUGAUGCAUCGAGAACUCAGAGAAGAACAAAGAUAGGAGAUUUGGUGCAGAUUAUAUAACUGGGGAUUAUUAUAUUGAAGAGGAGACCCAGGAUUAUUUAGUCUCUGAAGACGUUGACUAUCUAUUGGAGGGAGAAGAAGAAAGGAGAUUUGGUGCAGAUUAUAUAACUGGGGAUUAUUAUAUUGAAGAAGAGACCCAGGAUUACUUAAUCUCAGAAGACGUUGACUAUCAAAUGGAGGGAGAAGAAGAAAGGAGAUUUGGUGCAAAUUAUAUAACUGGGGAUUGUUAUAUUGAAGAGGAGGCUCAGGAUUACUUAAUCUCAGAAGACGUUGACUAUCAAUUGGAGGGAGAAGAAGAUAGAUCUGAAAUCUGAUACGAUUCUCAAAAUAGUUAUGAUUAUGAAGUAGGGAAUAAAUCCAGUGCAAGCGAAGUGGAAGACGGAAGAUUGGGCUUUAUGAAAAACUAA